CGCAUCUCUCCCUCCCCCGUUUCCUCUGUCACCAAACCAACAAACAUCAGCAUCAACGAAUGACAUGACGCACGCCCUCCACCAUUGCCAUUUCAUUCCCUUCUACUUGCCAUGAAAGAUCGUCGCCGACGUGACGCCUCCGCCCUUUCAUGGAUCUCCUUCUUCUGGUGCACUCUCUUCGUCGUCUUCUCUUCUGCCAUCUUCACCACCCUCGCCACUCUCCGUCGCUUUUAUUCCCAAGAGUCGCUUCCUUCCACCGCCGUCCUCUCACGGCCAGCCUGGGUGAUGCACGCCAAAUCCAGCCACUCCUCCCAAACUCCGGUAAUUACGGUCCGAGAAACGGUCUUGCUUCCCAAUCAGGCUCUUGUUUUCCUCUAUUACCCCCCGUCUUUCCGCUUUUAUACCCAAGAUGACAUCACAUGCGCAUAUUCCUGGCCCAACUCCUCCCCCACCCACGAGCCUCCGCUUCAGAUUGAGUACACCCAUGAUCGCCAGCAGAUGGUUCGGUGCCCCCUCCAUCCACUUCGCCUCAACGUCUCCCUCGCCCUCAAAUCCAAGGCUUCUUUCCGUCCCAAUUAUAAGUGGCACCCCCUCGUCUACGAAGCCCUGUUCGACCGGGACAACAGCACCAUCGUCUUCGUCAAGGGCUUCAACCUUCGUCCCGCCAGAGAAGCUGACCCCUCCAGGUUCCAGUGCCUCUUCGGCUGGGAUUUCAGCUCCCCGAAGUACCUUCUCACCUCCGACGUCAUUUCGGUCGCCCAGGAGAUCGUCCGCUGCAGAACCCCCUUCAGCAUUCUCACCAGCCACCCCAAGGUGAGAUCUUCAGUCAAGGUUUCAGUCAGGGCGGUGGGCAGAAAAGUGCCCACGAUCGCCAUGCCGGGCUACGUCCUCAACUUGACCCCAUCCCGGAAACGCCACGUAAUGUGCGUGUGCUCCAUGUUACGGAACCAGGCUCGGUUCAUAAAGGAGUGGAUAAUACCAUACUCAGAUCGGGCAGACAACAACAGCGAUGACGACAUCGCCGCCGUGAUUGGGCUUCUACGGCGCGCCCGAUACAACAUCACACGCCACGUGUGGCCGUGGAUUAAGACCCAGGAAGCCGGAUUCGCGCACUGCGCAUUACGGGCGCGCGAUGUAUGCGAGUGGGUGGGGUUCAUCGACGUGGACGAGUUCUUCAACUUGAAAACAGCGGAGAACCUAGAAGAAGCGAUCCUGCAGGAAACCAAUGAAGUGGAGAAUGCGGGGGAGAUACGGACGAGCUGCUACAGUUUCGGGCCGUCGGGGCUGAAGAAGAUACCGCGGGAGGGAGUGAUGGUGGGUUACACUUGCAGGAUGGCGGAGCGGGAGAGGCACAAGAGCAUAGUGAGACCAGAAGCGCUGAACGAGAAUCUGAUAAAUGUGGUGCACCAUUUUCACCUGAGGGAUGGGUAUGUGGCGGUGGACGCGAACCGGAGCGCCAUGGUGAUAAACCAUUACAAGUACCAGGUGUGGAAGGUUUUCAAGGACAAGUUCCAGAGGAGGGUGUCUGCGUAUGUGGUUGAUUGGAAGACAAGAGAGAACGUAGGGUCGAAGGACAGAGUACCCGGGCUAGGGAGCAGCGCAGUUGAGCCGGCCGAUUGGGCGACCCGGUUUUGUGAAGUUUGGGAUACGGAUCUGAGGGAACGGGUAGUGGGGGCGUUCAUGGACCCGAACACGCGUCUGCUUCCGUGGCAACAAAGGAAGACACCCACACCCAAACUGCACCGAGCGGAAAUGGUGAGCGAAGAACAAAAACGCAGCCCGCGGAACCACAAUAACCCAUCAAGAGGAAAUGGAGACGGCUUGGGCGGUAUCUUCAGCCCCAGAUUCAAAUCAGCGGCUGCUUUGGCUGGCUGGGAUGAGGAGGCCCUCCUAGUCGCCAGCCUCGUGGUCGAGGAUACCCCCGACAGAGCUUCCAAGCAUGAUAAACGCUUUGAUCUUAACAUCAAGACUCCACCCACCAAUUCAAGAAGAGCUCAGAGGAGUCCGCAAUCAAUCCCGGUUACUGUUCUUGACCUUGACCAAGAUGAAACUCCCAGAAAGGAUAAUCUAAAGAAGAAGAAAGAAAACAAAACUAGUGCUAACGAAGCGGGAGGGAAUAUUUUGACCCAGCAGAACUCUGGUUCUUCUCCUUCGGAAUCUGCUCUUCCCUGCAUUGAUAAACUGAGGGAGGAGCUUUCCUGCGCGGUUUGUUUGGAGAUAUGCUUUGAACCAAGCACCACUCCUUGUGGACACAGCUUUUGCAGAAAAUGCCUUCGAUCUGCGGCGGAUAAAUGUGGAAGAAAGUGCCCAAAAUGCAGACAACUGAUUAGCAAUGGACGAUCUUGCACCGUGAACACAGUUCUUUGGAACACAAUACAGCUCCUUUUUCCCAAGGAAGUGGAAGCAAGGAAAGCAGCAGGUGCCUUGAAUAUUCGAGAAGCUCAGCAGCGCCCGAGUCCAGAAACAGCAUUCUACAAUAACCUGAGGAACCAGCAAGCUCACGCGAACAUCGGAGGCGAACAUCGGAGGCUCCAGGCAGAGGAACAACUAGUGGGAGGAAGAGUGAUCACUGCAACUCAAGAUGAGGAUGAAGACGCUGCAUUGGUAAGAAGGUUGCUGCGGAGGGAGGGAAAUGGGAUGGUUCAGAAUAAUCAGACCCCGCCAUCAUCGUCUUCAAGAGGGAGGUCAAGAAGAAGGAUAACGAGCCAAGACGAGGAUGCUGCCUUGGCUCUGAGGUUGCAGAGGGAAGAGUUUAUGCAGGCUUUCAGGGGAAGCCAAGUACGUUCGGACACGAGUGGGUCAAUGUCAAUGUCUUCAGCGAGAGCAAAUUUGAGGGCCAUGGCAUCCAGAGCCAUCAAUCUUCGAGUUAGAGACCGAAGAUCAUAAAUGAAAGCAGUGUCAAGAGCAAUAUUUGACUCUUUGAAUGUAAUGUUAACGUUGGAGGUGUUAACUAUUUGUUUAA